GAAGUGCGUUCGUGUAAAUCCGCGGGCUCCGCUCGGUUUUCGUCGGGGAGGGCGGGGACAGUCCCGUCAAACGGAGCGGUGGAGCUGACAGACAUUUUCACCUCGUCCACACACUCACAGCAAACAAGGACGCGGCGAGGCGAAGAAAGUUAAACAGCUGUUUUGAUCCCGGUCAGAGUCGACAGUCAUCAUGGCGGAUGAAGCGGACAUGCGUAACGAGUUGGCCGACCUGCAGACGCGGGCGGACCAAAUCGCAGAUGAGUCUCUGGAGAGCACCCGGCGCAUGCUGGCGAUGGUGGAGGAGAGCAAAGAUGCCGGCAUCAGGACUCUGGUCAUGUUGGACGAGCAGGGGGAGCAACUUGAUCGUGUGGAGGAGGGCAUGAACAAGGUGAACGCAGACCUGAAGGAGGCCGAGAAAGAUUUAAAAGAUAUAGGACAAUGCUGUGGUCUGAUAUGCCCAUGUAUUAAAAAGAUUAAGGGCGGGGGCCAGGCCUGGGGAGCGAACCAGGAUGGAGUGGUGAACAGCCAGCCCGGAGCUCGAGUGAUGGACGAGCGUGAGCAGAUGGCCAUCAGCGGGGGCUUCAUCCGCAGGGUAACAGACGACGCUCGGGAGAACGAGAUGGACGAGAACCUGGAGCAGGUGGGCGGGAUAAUUGGCAACCUGCGUCACAUGGCCUUGGACAUGGGCCAGGAGAUUGACACCCAGAACCGGCAGAUUGACAGGAUCAUGGAUAAGGCCGACUCCAACAAGACUCGGAUCGAUGAGGCCAACCAACGUGCUACAAAGAUGCUGGGCAGUGGCUAAACUGCAACUUAAAGUGCUUUCGUUUGGACCCCCCAUGCCCCUACCCCCCAAUCAACACCAACCAGCCCUGCGCCCUUUCCAACACCAACGUCUACAGCAGGCGCUGCAGAGUUCAUGCUUUUAUUGUGACACUGAUAGAAGUUUUGCACACAUAUCACCCUCCCACCCAUCCAUCCCACUCAUCACUGACCAUUUGCCCCCCCCCAGCUCUUCUCGUCAAUGUUGUUCUGUGAUUUUUGCUAUGAAGUGAUAGUAGGACAUCAUCAUCAUCCUCCCUCAGAGCUGUACAUAGGAGAACGCGUAGAUCCCUCCUGCUCGUUUCCUCGUCCUCUCUUUAUUUUUUUAAUGUCUUUAUGUAAAUUAAAG